CCUCAGCUCGGCUGUUCUGAGUCUGUGGAUCACAGGGGGAUGAGCUUGAGAUCAUCUUGGGGUGGGAGGAAACCCAGGACUGGAAAGGCUGGCUCAAACCCCCUUGAUCCGGCGGUCCAACUUUGCAGGGGGUGGGGUGGGGGCUAGCUAAGACCUCAUCUCACUGCCGCCGUUGUGGCCAACAGACAGCGGGGCUAUGAAGAUCAUGAUCAUAUGGAUGCAAUGCUACCUGGAGAAAUGGGACAUGGUUAUUCUGUAAAGAACAUGUCUAAAUUGUUGGUAAAUUCCUUAGUGUGUCACUCAACAUAGGACAUCAUCUAAGUGCACUACCAGAAGUCUUCUGAGUUUCUCCCACCAUGAUGUCUUUAUUAGCUUGAACUUCUUCCCUAAAAUGGUCCUUCUAUUGAUCCUUUCAGUCCUACUUUUGAAAGAAGAUGUCCGAGGGAGUGCACAGUCCAGUGAGAGGAGGGUGGUGGCUCACAUGCCAGGUGACAUCAUUAUUGGAGCUCUGUUCUCUGUCCACCACCAGCCAACUGUGGACAAAGUCCACGAAAGGAAGUGUGGGGCAGUCCGUGAGCAGUAUGGCAUUCAGAGAGUGGAGGCCAUGCUGCACACCCUGGAGAGGAUCAACUCAGACCCCACACUCUUGCCUAACAUCACACUUGGCUGUGAGAUAAGGGAUUCUUGCUGGCAUUCAGCUGUGGCCCUAGAGCAGAGCAUUGAGUUCAUAAGGGAUUCCCUCAUUUCUUCAGAAGAGGAAGAGGGCUUGGUGCGUUGUGUGGAUGGCUCUUCUUCUUCCUUUCGCUCCAAGAAACCCAUAGUAGGAGUCAUUGGGCCUGGCUCCAGUUCUGUGGCCAUUCAGGUCCAGAACUUGCUCCAGCUUUUCAACAUACCUCAGAUUGCUUACUCUGCAACCAGCAUGGAUCUGAGUGACAAGACUCUGUUCAAGUAUUUCAUGAGGGUUGUGCCCUCCGAUGCACAGCAGGCUCGAGCCAUGGUGGACAUAGUGAAGAGAUACAACUGGACCUACGUAUCAGCAGUGCACACGGAAGGUAACUAUGGAGAAAGUGGCAUGGAAGCUUUCAAAGAUAUGUCAGCCAAGGAAGGGAUUUGCAUCGCCCACUCUUACAAAAUCUACAGCAACGCUGGGGAACAGAGCUUCGACAAGCUGCUGAAAAAGCUAAGAAGUCACUUACCCAAGGCCAGGGUGGUGGCCUGCUUCUGUGAGGGAAUGACAGUGAGAGGCCUGCUCAUGGCUAUGAGACGCCUGGGUCUAGCAGGAGAAUUUCUACUUUUAGGCAGUGAUGGCUGGGCUGACAGGUAUGACGUGACAGAUGGGUACCAGCGAGAAGCUGUUGGUGGGAUCACAAUCAAGCUCCAAUCCCCUGAUGUCAAGUGGUUUGAUGAUUAUUAUCUGAAGCUCCGGCCAGAAACCAACCUCCGAAACCCUUGGUUUCAAGAAUUUUGGCAGCAUCGUUUUCAGUGCCGGUUGGAAGGGUUUGCACAGGAGAACAGCAAGUACAACAAGACUUGCAAUAGUUCUCUGACUCUGAGAACACAUCAUGUUCAAGAUUCCAAAAUGGGCUUUGUGAUCAAUGCUAUAUAUUCCAUGGCCUAUGGGCUCCACAACAUGCAGAUGUCCCUCUGCCCGGGCUACGCAGGACUCUGUGAUGCAAUGAAGCCAAUUGAUGGGCGGAAACUUUUGGACUCACUGAUGAAAACCAAUUUUACUGGAGUUUCUGGAGAUAUGAUCCUAUUUGAUGAAAAUGGAGACUCUCCAGGAAGGUAUGAAAUAAUGAAUUUCAAGGAAAUGGGAAAAGAUUAUUUUGAUUACAUCAAUGUUGGAAGUUGGGACAAUGGGGAAUUAAAAAUGGAUGAUGAUGAAGUGUGGUCCAAGAAGAAUAACAUCAUCAGAUCUGUAUGCAGUGAGCCUUGUGAGAAAGGCCAGAUAAAGGUGAUCCGAAAGGGAGAAGUGAGCUGUUGUUGGACCUGCACACCUUGUAAAGAGAAUGAAUAUGUCUUUGAUGAGUACACCUGCAAAGCAUGCCAGCUGGGGUCCUGGCCCACAGACGACCUGACAGGUUGUGAUUUGAUCCCAGUGCAGUAUCUUCGCUGGGGUGACCCUGAGCCUAUUGCAGCUGUGGUGUUUGCGUGCCUCGGUCUGUUGGCCACCCUGUUUGUUACCAUAAUCUUCAUUAUUUAUCGGGACACACCAGUGGUCAAGUCCUCCAGCAGAGAGCUCUGCUACAUUAUCCUUGCUGGCAUCUGUCUGGGAUACCUGUGUACCUUCUGCCUCAUUGCAAAGCCCAAACAGAUCUAUUGUUAUCUUCAGAGAAUUGGCAUCGGCCUCUCACCAGCCAUGAGCUACUCUGCCCUUGUAACCAAGACCAACCGUAUUGCAAGGAUUUUAGCUGGCAGCAAGAAGAAGAUUUGUACCAAAAAGCCCAGGUUCAUGAGUGCCUGUGCCCAGUUAGUGAUCGCUUUCAUUCUCAUAUGCAUCCAGUUGGGCAUUAUUGUGGCCCUUUUCAUCAUGGAGCCUCCUGACAUCAUGCAUGACUACCCUAGCAUCCGGGAAGUCUACCUGAUUUGUAACACCACCAAUUUAGGAGUUGUCACCCCUCUUGGAUACAAUGGAUUGUUGAUUUUGAGCUGCACCUUCUAUGCUUUCAAGACCAGAAAUGUUCCAGCCAACUUCAAUGAGGCCAAGUAUAUUGCCUUCACAAUGUAUACCACCUGCAUCAUAUGGCUGGCCUUUGUGCCAAUCUACUUUGGCAGCAACUACAAAAUCAUCACCAUGUGUUUCUCCGUCAGCCUCAGUGCCACAGUGGCUUUGGGCUGCAUGUUUGUACCGAAGGUGUACAUCAUCCUGGCCAAGCCGGAGAGAAACGUGCGCAGCGCCUUUACCACUUCCACAGUGGUGCGCAUGCAUGUAGGGGAUGGCAAGUCUUCCUCCGCAGCCAGCAGAUCCAGCAGCCUAGUCAACCUGUGGAAGAGGAGGGGCUCCUCGGGGGAAACCCUAAGGUACAAAGACAGGAGACUGGCCCAGCACAAGUCGGAAAUAGAGUGUUUCACCCCCAAAGGGAGUAUGGGGAAUGGUGGGAGAGCAACCAUGAGCAGCUCCAAUGGGAAGUCCGUCACUUGGGCCCAGAACGAGAAGAGUAGCCGCGGGCAGCACCUGUGGCAGCGGCUGUCGGUGCACAUCAACAAGAAGGAGAAUCCCAACCAAACUGCGGUCAUCAAGCCCUUCCCCAAGAGCACGGAGAUCCGCGGGCCGGGCCCAGGCGCUGGUGGCGGGGGCCCAGGAGCCGCAGGGGGUUCGGGCGGGGCGAGCUGCGCAGGCGCGGGUGCCGGCGGCCCGGAGCCCCCCGACGCGGGCCCUAAGGCUCUGUACAACGUGGCGGAAGCGGAAGAGCGCUUCCCGGCGGCCGCACGCCCGCGCUCGCCGUCGCCCAUCAGCACGCUGAGCCAGCGCGCGGGCUCGGCCGGCCGCACCGACGACGACGUGCCGUCGCUGCACUCGGAGCCCGCGGCGCGCAGCAGCUCUUCGCAGGGCUCGCUCAUGGAGCAGAUCAGCAGCGUGGUGACGCGCUUCACGGCCAACAUCAGCGAGCUCAACUCCAUGAUGCUGUCCACCGCCGCCGCCGCCGCCGCCGCGCCCGGCCCCGGAGGAGGCGCCCCUCUCUGCUCGUCCUACCUGAUCCCCAAAGAGAUCCAGCUGCCCACCACCAUGACGACGUUCGCCGAGAUCCAACCCCUGCCGGCCAUCGAGGUGACGGGCGGCGCGCAGCCCGCCGUGGCGGCGGCGGCGGCGGCGGCGGCGGCCGGGGGUCCAGCCUCGGGGGCUACGGUGGCCCAGGAGCCGCUGGCGGCCGGAGCCGAGGCCGCGCCCGGAAAACCGGACCUGGAGGAGCUGGUGGCCCUCACGCCGCCGUCCCCGUUCAGGGACUCGGUGGACUCCGGCAGCACCACGCCCACCUCGCCCGUCUCCGAGUCGGCCCUGUGUAUCCCGUCGUCUCCCAAAUAUGACACUCUGAUCAUCAGAGAUUACACGCAGAGCUCCUCGUCCUUGUGAAGGUCAGCGCACCCGCCCGCGCGCGCGGCGGAGCUGCGGGCCCUGCGGUGUGGCCAGGGGUGCACGGGUGCAGGGACACCCCGUCCCCCCCGGUGAGGACCCCCGCGAUGGAGACGAGAUCGGUAACAGCGCUGUUUCACCCAGAACCGACGGCGACGACACCAACCACGUACAGAUCUUCUGGCAGAUUUUCUUCUAGUGGCCUUAGAAAACUUGGGCUUUGGAGAAAGGCCGCGUCUGGUUCUCUGGAGGGCUGGCAGCGAGUGUGAAAGCAGCCAAGUACCGAGCGCUUUGCUCAAGGGGGAGCAUCCCAUCGCAGGACGUUUGAAAAGCGCGGUUGAUAAGCAACUGUAAAACAGUUUUGUUUGUUUACUUUCAUUCUUUUCCCAGAAGAGUCUUUAAUUCACCAAACAUGAAUGUACAUUUUCUAACAAACUCUGAAUCUGGGACCAAAACGUCAACCUCCACCCCUCCCCUCUUUUUUUUCCUUCCUUCUUCCUCUCCCCACCCUCCCAUUUAAAGAUCUUGAGAAGCAAGCAGUCACCUGGCCCGGUAUCUACUGAGGCUUGUGAAUGUGUCUCGUGCGUAUCAUACGGCUGGGCAGUGAUGUGUAAUGUACCUAGAGCUUCUAGCAGAGACUUUCCAAUGAGGUUUAAGAUACUCUUCCAAAGCCUGCAUCCGGAAUUCCACCAGUUAUUUCAGAUUCACCUCCAUUAACCAAGAAAACCAGUGGAAGAUUUCUGGACUAUUUCACCAUGUUGCCAAUCAAUACUGGAGUAGCAAAAAAAAAAUAUUUUCUGGAACACUGUUUUGUAAUUCCCUCACUGGGGUGCAUUGUGUAGCUGGAAAUUCUCUUUAUAAUAAUACUUUGUGAGCUCUAGCUUGGCUAUUUCUUUUAUGACACAUAGCCACUCUUAUGAAUGAAUGCUGUUCCAUCAGUGUUGCCAGCUAAAUUACUAAGACGCGCAUUGGAGCUUCUUCAUUCCUUUCUUUUGAGAAUCUGAUAUACAGUGAGCUCCUCUGUUAUUCUUUCCUUCAUUCUUUAAUUCUUCCUUUCUUUUUGCUUUCCUUCACACCCACCUUCCCUUCCUUCGUUUCCCUUCAAUCCCACCCCUGGAAGAGUGGUCUGUAGACCCAAUGCAGAUGUCAAAAUUGGAGGGAUUAUUGCUGAAAAAAAGUAAAUACUAACACAAUCUGUUUAAUACACUGAAAGUCAGCAUAGCGACAAUUUUGCUAUGCCAAUUAGCAGUGAUUAUAACUUUUCUUUGCUGCUUAAACAGGGCAGCUAUGAACUAUGACUAAUGUAGAUUUUUUUUUUCAAAGCAAUACAGAAUACUAAAACAGAGGAACCUUAAUGAAUAUCAACCAGUCUUUCUUAGCCAUUCCAAUAAAAGGCAAAGCAAUUAUUGAUAUUUUACUUUUUGAAAUAAUUAGUAUAAUUUUGUGCAUUCAUACUGUCACUUUUUAAAUACUGCAGAAAAGAGUUUUAGAGUUAUAAUAAAAACAUGUGCUUUGAUAGGCUUAGAUAGGUAGAAACCAUAUCUCAAGACCUGAAUCUACUGUCAUAUUUAUAUUCGUCCCAUUGCAGCUAUCCUCAGGUACCAAAUGUUCUUGAUUUUUAAAUAAGGUUAGUAAUAAAAGGAGAAGAUAUCCUUUAAAAUUUAAAGUUCAGUUGACCCAGCCUUAUAUUAAAGAUAGCCUUAUGAUAAAGACUUGUCAUGAGACAGAAGUAUAUUUUUGGCAGAGAGAAAAUUAAAUAGAACUUUAAAAUUUUUAUCACAAUAUUCUUGAUUUGUUUUCAAUUUAAUAACUACUUAGAAAAUGAAAACUGGAAGUCGAUCCAUUGGCAUGAUUCUCCAGUUUUAAAACAUGUAAUAAUUGUUGGCCUUCUUUGUCCUAUAUCUGCUCUUACUGAAAUCAUAAAUCCGAUCUCCCACUAUAAAAUAAGAGACAAAGACAUUCACUAAAGUAUAUACUUAAAGUUAAUUAGUUUUCCUUUGAUAAAUUUGAAAAUAACAUUAUCAGAGUAGCAUAACCCUAAAUAUUAGAGACACUUGAAACAGAAGAAGUCUAGCUAACUUCCCACAGCUUCUUGAAAGCAAAUGUCUGCCUCUACCUGCAAACCAAAUGUAAAUAUUUUGAAACAAUAAUGGAUCCUCAUUUUAAAAGGUGGCAUUCACCUCAUUACUGUCUUGAUUUCUUAGAUAGUAAUUAAUACUCUUAUAAAUAGGUUCUACUCUUAAGUUUUAUACUUGGUUUCAUCAAAUCCCUUGGUUUCUGUUUUAUCUUUAUGUACAGUAAGUUUAUUCAUUGACAAGUUCCAGAACUUUCUUCAUAACCAAAUUAAAGUAUACCACCUGAUGAGAAACUGCACUAGAUAUUGAAGUUUAAAACAACUUUUAUCUGAUGUUAUAAUCAACUAUAAUAAAGACAAUUUAUCCAAUUAGAGGUUAUUUUUCUCCAUAUUUCUGUAACAGUUGUCACAUCAUUGGAUGCAUUGUAUAGUGAACACAAUGUCAGUAAUACCUUCUUGAGAUCUUUUAUUUUGGAAUGAUGCUAACUCCCUCUUUGCCAAUUCCAAUACCAGGUUCCGUUCCAAGUACUUACUGCAAUACAAAAGGAACUGAAUAUUCAUUCUAGGGCUAGGAUAUAAACUUCAUAAUUCAUCUGGGUACCUAUUCUUAUUGGAUUUUCUUGAAAACAAUUUGUUGCUGGUACCCAGUGGUAAUACAGUAGGAGCCUGCAUAACCAGUAAGAAGGGUGAACAUGCUAAGGACCACAAAGUGACCGGAAAGGAUAGUGUGAUCCAGGGAAGAAGGAGAAGGCCUGGUUUCUGUCUAUGAACCUUUUCUACUUGAAGAGAGAACUAGGAGUAGCCUGAGAAGGCCUUAUGUAAAUGGGAGCAAAUAAUCUUUUGGAUCUGGGAAUGGGAGACAGAAAGGGAAUAUGGAAAGGCAAAUCAUAAAAAAGUUCAUAGACACAAGAAAGGGAAAAGCAAAUCUACAAAUGUGCUAAUCCUUGAACAUAAUAGUCUUUUUUUUUGAGCUACUGAUAUUACCAGCAAGCGAUCAGAAAGACAAGGAGCUGUUUCUGACUAAAUGCAUUGGGUAAUGGCUCUACUGUAGUUCUGUGACUUCCAAACUAGGAAUUCAACACUUUCUUUUUUCUUAAGAAAAACAAAAAAAAUAAACAAAAAAAAAAUUUCCUGUGCUAGUCUCCCAGCAACAUGUCAAUGGUUUGGAGACUUCAAAGGUAUUAUCUGAGUUCACAUUUAGCAACAGCUUAUUAAUAACCCUCAAGCUGUCAGAAUCUCUAUAGUUACCAUUUACAAUUUUAUACUGUGAAAAAAAUACAGAUCAGUGAAAGCAUAAAGAUAGAUGAGAAUUUGCUUUGAAGAGGCUCUGAAGCCUGUGGUAUUUCUACUGAUUAUUGAAGAAUGAGGCAUGUAUAAAAUAGUUGGCUGAAUUUCACUGAUCUUCCCAAUGUGAACAAAUAUACUAUGUAUAUUGUGUGUAUUUCUAGAAUUCAAUGGCAGCUGCUGGUGGUGUUGUAAUUAGAAAUCUAUAUAGAAUAUAGAUAUUUAGAGAGAUGGUGCCAAUACUACAAGAUUUGUGUGGGCUACAAGUGCUUGUACUGACUUUUUCUGCACUUAUAACUGAUUUGGUUUUAAAACCAUGUGAGCAUAUCUGUUCUCUUUCCAUUGUUGCAGCUUGUUCUAUUAAAAUAAUAGAGAAUGUUAAAUUA